CGCCUGUCGCAGCCCACUCAUCAUCCUCGUCCCAUAACCGCCCAUAAGCCAUCACCUCGCUGGCCCGGGACGUGUCGACUCGCACCUCGUUCAUUGCUGUCAAAAAAAACGCCCUUUCAAAAUCAGACAAGCCACGUCUCAUCAUGAGCAAUCCGCCUCCCGGACUCGCCCCGCCCGCCCCCGCACCCGCUCCCAAGGCGAUUCCCGGCGCGCGCCCGCGCCCCAUCGCCGGUGCUGCUGCCGCCGCGGCCUCUCCUGGCCGCUCGCCUGGGUCGCUGAGCACGAGCUUCCGGCGCAGCCGCGUGGCCGCCGAGAACGGCACGCCUGACGAUGCCAACUGGCGCGCGCGCUCAGUGGACAAGACGCAGGUCGAAAAGCGCCCCGAACGCACCGUCGGCGGGUUUGAGAAGAGCGAGGUCCGCGCCCAGCCUGCUGGCGCCAGCGCCUUGUCGACCUCCAAGGGCAAGAAUGCCACGGCGCUCAGCCACGUCCCAUGCCGCUUUUUCAAGGCGGGCGCCUGUACCGCAGGGUCGAGCUGCCCAUUCUCGCACGACCUCGGAGGCAAGAAGGAGGUAUGCCAGUGGUUCCUCAAGGGUGACUGCAAGUUCGGGCACAAGUGCGCCCUAGCUCACGUACGCCCCGGCGAGCCCAUGUCCAUGGACCGGCGCAACAAAAAGGAGCAGCAGCGCUCGGCCCGGGAACGCACCGGAGGUGAUGGGGAUCUCAAGAAGGAAGGCAGCGAUGCCGGCACGUCGCCCGCUGCUGCCAAGGCUAUGCCGACGCCGAUGUCACACCCUGUGCCUAUCAGGUCGGCCCUCUCGGCGUCUUUUUCGAGUUCGGUGCAAUCCCCCAGCCGCCUAGCGCAGGGCUCGUCGCCCCUUAGGGAGCCGUACGGUCCGCCGUCGUCCGCUGGCCCCGCCGGCUCUCCGUCCGCCGGGUUCAACCAGCGAACGAGCGGGGUCCCGUUUGCGAGCUCCCCGAGCCGGCCGUCGCCCUUGUCGUCGUCGUUUACGAACAGGGGUGCCGUUCCAUCGUCACUCAAAGCGAGCUCGAUUGUGUCUACGAGCUCGCCGUUGCGUCCACCCGGAGCAGGCGGGAUUUCGAGCUCGUUCCAGCACGCGUCGACUCUGGCCGCGCGCCCGCCGCAGCUGUCCGCGUCGUUUGCGGACAACAGCCUGCAGCGCAACAUCUGGGCGAGGUCCGAAACGCCUGAUGAGCCGUUGUCGCCUCCAGCCAGUCGCCGCCCGCUUGUGGCGGGCGCGAGCGCGCGUGUCAUCCCCGACGUAUUCGACGAGCACGACGACCACGGCGAGGACCUCCUUCCCUCGAGCCUCAGCGAUCUCCUCACGCCUUCGGAGCGUGCCCGCCGCAUGAGCCGCAACGACUCGCGCGACGGCCAGUCCAGCUCCCCUGGCCGCUUGGGUUACAACAUGCACCAGUAUGUCGGUGCGGAGCGGCUGGCGGUGAGCGCGGGGGCGGCUCUCCCGCCUGGCGGCUUCCUCCAGUCUCUGUGGAGCCAGGACGGGAAGGAUGCGCGUGAGACGCCCGCCGAGUUGAGCUUUGGCGGCGCGCAGCCGCAGCCGCAGGCGCGCACCUCGCUACUGAGCCAGCAGCGCGGCCCCGGUGCCCCGGGUGCCUCGGGCUCGCCGAGCCCCAAGAGCUCGCCAUCCAAGCCGACGGCGGCGACGGCGUGGAAGGGACCGUCGGUCGACGCGCCCUACCUCAUGCGCGGGACGGAUCCGAGCUCGCCAUCGGCGCGGGCGCUGUCCGAACACGCGCCCGGCCAGAGCCUGCCUGGCGGCAUUGCGGCCGCGCUGAGCCGCAUGCACAUGCAGCCGGGGAGCCGGACGCCGUCUGGCCUCGGCGCGAACACGCCGGGCAGUGCGGCGCCGACGCCUAAGCGCGACGACCACGAGGACGAGGCGUUGUUCCACAUGGACGGAUAGAAGUAGAAGAACACGAAAAGUACAGCCCUGCAACCCUGCAGCCCUACGGGGAUAACUAGUACAGCAUGAAUGAUGCCAUAUACCUUAUCGCGCG